GUGAGGGGGAACAAACAUGGCGGGCCCGGGGGGCGGUGAGGGAGCCUGAGGGGUCCGGGGGGCUGUGAGGGAGCCCACCAUGUGCACCCUGGGGCUGUUCCCGCCGCCGCCCCCGCCCGGGGAUGUCACCCUGUACGAGCUCAACAACGCCCUGGUCUGCGGCCGCCUCAGUGAGCAGCUCCCGCUGUCCUUCCAGAGCCAGGUGCCCGACCUGCCCGUGCUGAGCCUGCCCAAGGAGCCCCUCAAGGCCCACGGGCGGCAGGAGCCCAGCGCCCGCCCGCCCUUCAUCCACCACCGCGAGUCCCCCUGGAAGCGCUGCCUCAGCGCCUGGCGCGACGCGGGGCUCUGCGGGGUGCUCAGGGAGGUGGCCAGCGCCGAGGAGGAGGGGCUGCGAUGGCUGAGGACGGGCUCGAGCCACGCGCUGGCCGUGUGCCGCUGGCUCUCCUCGCUCCACGGAUCCCUGUUCCCACACCUCUCCCUGACCAGUGAGGACAUGAUUGCAGCCUUCUCCCAGGCCGUGGACUGGGCCGGGUGCCCCGUGAGGGCCUUUGCCUGGCACCCCCACACCAACAAGUUUGCUGUGGCGCUCCUGGACGAUUCCAUCCGGGUCUACAACUCCAGCAGUGCCACCGUCCCCUCGCUGAAGCAUCGCCUGCAGAGGAACGUGGCCUCCAUGGCCUGGAAGCCUCUCUGUGCCUCCAUCCUGGCCGUGGCCUGCCAGAGCUGUGUCCUGGUGUGGCACCUGGACCCCACCUCCCUCUCCACCAGGCCGUCAUCAGGCUGUGCCCAGGUGCUGUCCUACCCGGGGCACAGCCCUGUCACCAGCCUGGCCUGGGCACCCAGCGGGGAGCGGCUGCUCUCGGCGUCACCGGUCGACACGGCCAUGCUGGUGUGGGACGUGCCCACCGAGAACUGUGUCCAGCUGCAGUGGUUUGGGGGCGGCGGUGUCACCUUCUUGGCGUGGUCACCCGAUGGCAGCAAGGUGCUGGCAGCCACCCCCUCGGCCGUGUUCCGGGUGUGGGAGGCUCAGAUGUGGACGUGUGAGCGGUGGCCCACUAUCAGAGGACGCUGCCAGACGGGGUGCUGGAGCCCAGAUGGCAGCCGGCUGCUCUUCACGGUGCUGGGGGAAUCCGUCAUCUACUCCUUGUCCUUCUCCGAGUACCGGGGGGAGAUGCAGGGGCAGGUGGGGGGCUCCAAAACAGCCUCCAUCGUGGCAGACCUGUCCGAGACCACCUUCGAGACGAUCUACGGGGACAAGAGGAUUGGAGGAGAGGUCCAUUCCAUGGUGUGGGACCCCACGGGAGAGAGGCUCGCAGUGAUCAUCAGAGGGCACCCCGACUCUGCAGGCAGCCAGACGGAGAACAUCGCCGUGUUCCGCACCCGCAACAGCCCCGUGUUCGAGCUCCUGCCCUGCGGGUUCGUGCGGGGUGAGCACGGUGCCCGGCCCCAGAUCAUCGCCUUCCACCCCUGCUUCCCACGAGGAGCCCUCCUGACCGUGUGCUGGUCCUCGGGGAAGAUCAGCCACAUCCCCUUCUUCUUCGUCAGCGCCCGCGUGCCCCUCGCCAGCCCCCACCGCAGCCCCGUCCCCGUCGUGGCCAGUGUGAGGGAGCAGCCCCUCUUCUCGGAGCUGUGACCACAGCCCAGAGGGCUUUGGUGGCUCCUCUUCCUCCCUGGGCAGCCUCAUCUUCCUCCUGGGUGCCUUCAAGCCCUGGGGGGGGCACAGGGGGUCUCCCAGAGUCUGCAUCCAAUAAAGGCGGCUCUUUCCCCCC